UUUCCUUCCAAUGGAUUCUUUGCGACUGUCGAUCGUCCAGCCCGAUGAUUGGCAUCUUCACCUGCGAGACGGCAAUGGCCUUGCAUCUGUAGCGCCGCACAGUGCGAGUGUGUUCAAGCGCGCUAUUGUAAUGCCCAAUUUGAAGCCUCCCAUUACCACACUUCCUCAAGCGCUGGCUUACAGAGAACGAAUCUUGAAAGCUCUUCCACCGGAUUCCACUUUCACCCCCUUGAUGACCCUCUAUCUCACCGAUCACACUACCACCUCGGAGAUCAAGCUUGCAAAGAAGAGUGGAGCUGUUUUUGCCGUGAAGCUUUACCCCGCUGGCGCGACUACAAACUCGCAAGCUGGAGUGACGGAUUUGUUUGGAAAAUGUAUGCCAGUCUUGGAAGAAAUGGCGAGGAGUUCCUUGCCUCUACUGGUGCACGGAGAGGUGGUGGACACAAGCGUCGAUAUCUUUGAUCGCGAGAAAGUUUUCAUCGAUACAAUCCUCUCGCCGCUCGUCACCAAGCUUCCACAGCUCAAGGUGGUCAUGGAGCACAUCACUACUCGCGAUGCCGUGGAGUUUGUGGAAAGCGUUACUUCAGGAAAUGUGGCUGCUACUGUAACUCCACAGCACUUGCUACUCAAUCGCAACGCAAUCUUUCAGGGCGGCUUGCAACCACACUUUUAUUGUCUCCCAGUUCUUAAGCGAGAACAUCACAGACAAGCACUGAUCAAGGCUGUUACGAGCGGGAGCAAAAAAUACUUCCUUGGUACCGACAGUGCUCCUCACGAGAAAAGAGCCAAAGAAGCGUCCUGCGGGUGUGCUGGAAUUUACAGUGCUCCGGUUGCUCUACCUCUCUACGCUCAAGUUUUCGAAGAGGCCGGAGCUCUCGACAUGCUGGAAGCGUUUACAAGCUUAAACGGUCCAAACUUCUACGGCCUUCCCGCGAACAAGGGAACUGUGACGCUGGUAAAGACGCCUUGGUGCGUGCCAACAGCGUAUAGCUUUGAUUCGGGGACAGUGGUUCCAAUCUGCGCUGGAAAAACAAUCCAGUGGAGUGUCGAGAGCGUCAUCAAUGGUGAAGAUAGUUGCGAGAAAAAGAACGAGCUGGACAGCUUACAGGUUUGAAUCGAGGUUGCUCAAGCUUUGGGGUGAUUUGAGUCAGUACAAUCCUGUUUUCAUGCUGGACGAUGAUCUGAAAAUGUUCUUCUCGCUUUUUAUUUCUUCUGACAAAAAUCUUUGCGCAUGAGGCA